AUGACAAUUAAAGCCUCUACCCGUGAGAAUCGUAUUGCAGCCCAUUCACAUAUCCGAAAUUUAGGUCUUAAAGAAGAUGGUUCAGCUGAACAAGUUUCUUCUGGAUGGGUUGGUCAACAGCAAGCUCGUCAAGCAUGCGGACUUGUCGUGGAUUUAAUUAAAUUACGAAAGAUGGCAGGACGAGGUGUUUUAUUAGCAGGCGGUUCAGGAACGGGGAAAACAGCAUUAGCACUUGCAAUUGCACAGGAACUUGGAUCAAGAGUUCCUUUUUGUCCAAUGGUAGCAAGUGAGGUGUAUUCAAAUGAAAUUAAAAAAACAGAAGUAUUAAUGGAAAAUAUUCGACGAUCAAUUGGUUUACGUGUUAAAGAAACAAAAGAAGUUUAUGAAGGAGAAGUAUUAGAGAUAACGCCGGAAGAAGCUGAAAAUCCUCUUGGAGGAUAUGGAAAAACAAUUGCACAUGUUAUUAUUACUCUUAAAACAUUUAAAGGCACAAAACAGCUUAAACUUGAUCCAAGUAUUUACGAAAGCAUUCAAAAGGAACGAGUAACAGUUGGGGAUGUAAUUUAUAUUGAAGCAAAUACGGGUGCAGUUAAGAGAGUUGGACGUUCAGAUACAUAUGCUACAGAAUUUGAUUUAGAAGCAGAAGAAUAUGUUCCAAUUCCAAAGGGGGAAGUGCAUAAGAAGAAAGAAAUUGUUCAAGAUGUAACUUUACACGAUUUAGAUAUAGCAAAUGUGCGACCUCAGGGUGGACAGGAUAUUAUGUCUAUGAUGGGGCAGAUAAUGAAACAAAAACGAACAGAAAUUACGGAUAAAUUAAGGAAAGAAAUUAACAAAGUAGUGAAUAAAUAUAUUGACCAAGGAAUUGCUGAACUAAUUCCGGGCGUAUUAUUUAUUGAUGAGGUUCAUAUGCUUGAUAUUGAGUGUUUUACAUAUUUAAAUCGUGCGCUUGAAUCUACAAUUGCACCAAUCGUAAUCUUUGCAUCAAAUCGUGGGAUGUGUGUAAUUAAAGGAACAGAAGACAUUGUCUCUCCCCAUGGAAUCCCUAUAGAUCUUUUAGAUCGGCUUUUGAUCAUUCGUACACUUCCUUAUACAUCAGAAGAAAUCAAAAUUAUUAUUCGUCUUCGUGCAAAAACAGAAGAACUUCAAAUAACAGAUGCAGCUUUAGAAAAAUUGACCGAAAAAGGAGUAACAUCUAGUUUAAGAUAUGCAAUUCAACUUUUAACACCAUCGAGUAUUUUGGCAAAAGUUAAUGGAAGACAGGAAAUCGACGUUCAUGAUAUUGAGGAAUCUGUUGUUCUUUUUUUGGACGGUAAGGAAAGUGCAAAAGUAGUACACACACAUGACAAACGUUUUAUAAAAUAA